GUUUGGACACAUCCAAGAAGAAUGACAUGUGGAGUGAGUCGAAAGUUCCAUCUUACGAGGCAGAAGGUUCAGAACAUGGUGUCAAUUCUAAAGAUCAUCUAGAGGUUACCGCUGGAGGCAACAGCUCAACAUCCAGCGUGGUGGCAACAACCUUAUUUGCGAGGGAAGAAGCGGUAGGCAUCGACGAACACGAUGUGAGAUCUCCAGAUCCAGGUCUCGGCGAUGUGGAGAACUUCCAAGUCAUCCUCCAUGGCUCGAUCACCGACCUCCCGGACGGCCUGCGCAGGAGGUACUACGAGCUCUGCUGCGCCCAGAAGGCGGUCCUCCACAGGAACCUGCUCGAGACAAACCAUAUGCUGGUUGAAGGGGUGAUCAUGGAGACCAGCGACAUCGCUGAGUGCGUCAUGGCCCCCUUGCAUGCUGCUGCUGCUACUUCUUCUCGCGAGGUUCUCCUGGUGUGGAAGAAGACACUGGGGGCAUUGGAGGGUUUGGGAAUGGACGUGGCGUUCUUGCGCAGACGCGUCGACGACCUUCUCGGCAUCCAUGCUGCUCGGGCAUCGACGGUUCGAGUUUACAGCCGCUGCCGGUGGGGACUCUAAAGAAUGUUCUGGAGGCAAUGGAUGUGGCGAUGGAGGAGUUUGAAUGAGAGUGUGAAAAGAAUGCCCAAGCAUGGCAACUGAAUUUUUGUGCACGUCAUCACUAACUUUCCCCCAUUGUCUUGUGCUCCCUCAUUGAGUGGUACGUAGCAUCUUUUGUAUGCAUCCAUGCAGUGUUCUUGUACGUAGUUAUCGUCAUCCCUUUGUCUUGCUUGUGUG